AUGGCUGGAGGCGAAGGCGCAAAGGAGAGCCGUAAGCGGAAAAGAGAAGUCUCUCGAAAGCUCCGAGAAACAUUUCUUAAUGAUCUUGAAGAGCUAUUUGCCUUACCUCUUCAGACCAAGGGAUGUUACGUUAGUGAAAAAACCUUCCGUGGAUAUGUUGGGCAAUCACCCUCCUUGCCACUCAAUGAAUGUUUCACCAUUGAUGACCCAGUCAUCUCCCAAAACCCGGAAAAUCUCUGUAAUAUCUUGUGGCAGCCCCAAGGAAAACCCAGUUUCAGUGGCAGAAAAAUUAUACAUACCUUCUCCAAGGAAGUACUUGAAUUGGAAAAAAUAAUGAGGAUGAUUAUAGAAAGCUUGGGUGUCGAGAAGUACUUGGAAGAGAACAUGGACUCGACCAACUACAUGCUUAGAGCCACAAAAUAUGGAAGCCCCCAGAGAAGUAAGGAACUGUCUCAUGUGUUUAUCAGAGCUUCACUAAUAUUUUGCCAUCAUGAGUUCAUCCCAAAUGGUUCUUGCUACCCCUGUUUCUUCCUUUCGCUCCACCGCCCAUCACACAUUUUCUGUCAAACUCACUCCUAAAAAUUACCUAGCCUGGAAAACAUAGUUCAUCCCACUGCUCAAUUAUCAAAAUAUGACCUCCUUUAUCACGGGCUCUCCCCCGCUACCAUCACGCACCACAUUGUCUUCUGAUAAUCCACCCACUGAAAUUCCCAAAUCUGAAUUUGGUACCUGGUAUAAAAAGGAUCAAAUGCUUCAUUCAUGGAUUCUUUCCUCUCUCUUUCUGAAGAAGUAUUUCCCUAUGUGAUCGGCUUAACCUCUUCCUUUGAAAUUUGGCAAGCUCUUGCCAAAGCCUUUGGUUCUGUUUUAGAACCGUCAACUUCAGCUUCACAUCGAAUUGCAAGAACUCAAAAGAAAUGAUUUAUCUCUCUGUGUAUCUACAAUGUGCCAAAGGCUUAGCUGAUGAGCUCGAUG